AUGAAUCAGACAACUUUUGAUUUAUCUGAUCUGACAAUAUCGGCACGUAUUACUACAGUUAGUUCUUCUAUGUCACUUGUAGGAGGAAUUAUAAUAAUAUUGUCAUACCAAUACAUUCCUGCAACACAAAAUCAAGUUCGCGCCAUGUUAGUGGCUUUAACUGUUGCCGAUAUGUUGACUGCUUUAGGUUAUGAGAUAUCGAGUUUAAGAUGGUAUACCAUUGGUAUGAAAAACUCCGAUACAUCGGAUAAGUUUUGCAAAGUUCAAAGUUUCUUGACAACAUUUUCAAGUAUGUCAUCUUUCUUUUGGACAACAUUUAUAGCUCUUUAUCUAUUCCAUUGUGUUUGGUUUUCGACAGAUCUGCAUGUGUCUGGAUCCCAACGUUUCUGGCUACACUGUAUAGCAUGGGGAGUUCCAGGAGUUAUUACAUCAGUAGCAUUAGUUUAUGGAGUUCUAGGAAAUAAUGGUUUUGCUUUAAACGGAGUUUGGUGUUGGCUUGAUAAAACAUUUGCAGACAAGUACGGCCUUCAUUGGAUGCUACUUACAGGAAAAGGCUGGGAAAUACUCACUUACCUGAUUACAGCCUCGCUCUAUAUAUCACUUAAAAUCAGAACAUUUUUAAAGAAAUGUUAA